GGCGGCUGUGGAUGCGUUUCUCGAAACCGGAGAUUGCGUGGUGGCUGUACGGUCGUUCUCCAGUUGGAGCGAAUGCCUUUUUAUUCAGGAAUCUAAGUCCUCUCCUUCCUUGCGAUGCCUGAGCCACAAUCUUCAGCUCUCUUGGCUGCGUUUGGGGGGAAAGGUGUUCUUCCAUGGAGCCGAUGAUGUCACAGAUUCCUGUGAAAAAAAAGCGUCAUCCCCAGCCUGAGACUACUCUGCCAGCCAACCCUGCAGGUCAUGUUUGUUUCCCAGGUGUGGUGCUCUGUUUGGUGGAGAAGAGAAUGGGUGCCAGCCGUAAGGCCUUCCUCACUGCUCUGGCCCGCCGCAAGGGAUUCUGCGUGGAGGGUGCCAAUAGCGAGAGAGUGACUCAUGUGGUAUCAGAAGGCAACUCUGGCGACGAGGUGGUUGAGUGGAUGAAGAGGAACGGGAGCCGCUCUGUGGGUGCUGCAGGAAGUGGCCCGGCCCUGCUUGAUCUCAGCUGGUUCACAGAGAGCAUGAGUGCUGGACAGCCUGUGGAGAUCGAGCCCAGGCACUGUCUGGGGGUGACUGUCCAUGCAGAAACACUUGAGGACAGAUGUCAGGUGGCUGCUUAUGCCUGCCAGCGCCGAACUCCGCUUGCUCACAAAAACCAGCUGCUCACGGAAGCUCUGGAAACAGUGGCUGAGGAGGCACUCUUCCGUGGCAGUGAAGGACGUGGCCUGGCUUUUUCCAGGGCUGCCUCAGUGCUCAAGUCCUUUCCUUGGACUGUCAGAAGUGUUAAAGACCUAAGUUCCCUUCCCGGCAUUGGAGAACACUCCAGAAAAAUUAUCCAGGAGGUGCUGGAAGAUGGCGCAUCUGCAGAGGUGGAGAAUGUAAGGCAGUCUGAGAGAUACCAGACUAUGAAGAAUUUCAAAAAGAUCUUUGGUGUUGGGGUGAAAACUGCUGGCCGAUGGUAUCAGGAAGGACUAAGGACCAUUAGUGACCUGCAGGCGCAUCAUGCAAAACUGAACAGUGCACAGCAAGUUGGACUCCUGCAUUACAGAGACCUCAACAGCCCAGUGAAGCGCUCCGAGGCAGAAGCCAUUGUUCAGGUGGUGCAAAAAGCAGUGGACCAGUUCCUGCCUGGAGCCUCUGUGAUUCUGACAGGAGGGUUUAGAAGGGGAAAACAAACUGGGCAUGAUGUGGACUUGCUCAUCACGCACCCUACGGAAGGCCAAGAAAUGGGGCUGUUGAGCAAAGUCGUCAGCUGGCUGGAUAGUCAGGGCUUCAUGCUGUACCACAGCACCCACAGAAACUCCUUCCAGCCCCUUGAGGACGAAGAGCUGUCCGUCAGUGCGACGACCAUGGAUCGGUUUGACCGUUGUUUCUCUAUUUUCUGCCUCAGCUCCAUGACUGAGGAGCCUGGCUGUGAAUUGAAGGGCUCUGGAGGUGCCCAUCAUAGGAAAGCUGUCAGGGUUGACUUGGUUGUGACCCCUUACAGUCAGUUUUCAUUUGCGUUGCUGGGCUGGACUGGCUCAAAGAAUUUUGAGCGGGAUCUCCGGCGCUUCUCCAAGUAUGAGAAGAAAAUGGUGCUCAACAGUCACACGCUUUAUCACACAGAGAAGAAAAUAUUUUUGUCAGCUGCCUCAGAAGAAGAAAUCUUCCAGCAUUUAGGAUUGGACUUUAUAUCUCCAGAACAGAGAAAUGCUUGAUGCUUGCUGUACAAAGAAGGGACCUUCUUGGUCCUUCUGAACUCCACUGGUCUCCAAAGCAAAAGCAGGUGUGCCUCCGUCACACACUUUCCCAUACUCACCCACCUUCCUGUGAAUGAUCUGGAGCCACCUGUUCCUGCAGCUGCAUAAAGGGCCUGUUAUCUUUUGCACUGAGUCAUAA